AUGUGGCGUGGUGAAGCUGUGCGAAAUUCCAUGUCAGACCCCACGACUGUCCCAAGUGUGAUAGUGGAUGGAUACGAAAUUGAUGAUUGUGAAGUUCCUGAACUAAAUGACUAUCCGUUCACGAAUGGAAGUCACUCAGACGAUUGUGAGACGACCUCGAAAUCUGAGAAGCAUGAAAGAUUGGAGAAUUUUUCUGAAGACGGAAAAGAAUCGAGCGAAUCCUCGGAAAAUGGAAACACUGCUGAAAGCUCUUUCUUGGAAACUCGCGCGUCUGUCGAAAAUCCAUCAAUAUUGAAGGGGGAAUCAGAUUCUGUGAAUCCUUACCAUGCAGACAUCAGAGUUGACGAAAAUCAUGACGCUAUGAGUGAGGCGGACCUGACCAUUGUGGAUGAUGGUGUUAAUGACCUUGAGAUUUCUUGUGACGACGAUGAUUUCGGAAACUUUGAGGGAGCAAAUUUAUUUGAAUCUCCUUGUAAAUAUGCUUAUGAAGAGAAAAAAUCUCUGUUCGACUCAGAUGCGAUUUCGGUGGAGAAUCUCCCUGCUGUGAACUGCGAGGAAGAUUUCGGAGAUUUUGAAGUUGCUGAAGAUGUCCCAGAGGUUCAUGAAUUAGAAGCAAGAACGAUACAGGUCAAACCGAUUUGGGAACGUGUGUUCUCUGAAGAUGCGGCUUGUGGAUCUCUACCAGACGCGGAAAUUAAAAAUUUGAACAGUUCAGGGGUGCUUUCGGACGAUUUUGGCUCUGUGUUGUGGGACACGGAUAAGGCCUCAGGUUUCAAAAUCUCUUGGGCAAAAUCGCAAGCUUGGAAAAAUUUGCUCUCAUCUUUGAAAAUGGACGAAAGGGACGCUAUUGCCGUGAAGCAGGCAAAGCAUCUACAUGAUUUCCCCGCGUUUGCUUCUUCGUUGGGAUCGACACCUUUAGAACCUCAAUCCGCGUCCAUGAUACCUGUAGAUUUGAAAGAAUUUUCUAAGGUGGAAGGCCGUUCAGCACCGGAAAAGGUUGAAGUGCCACCGAAGGAUUUCAACUGGGUAUCAAGUGAGCCUACCAACCCUCUGUCAGAGGCGUCUAGGCUGCUCCUGUUGGAUCUGGAAGCUUUGGGUCAACGGUCGGUAGAAAAUGACUUGUCACCGACUUGCACUAUGCCGUUGUUGCACAUUGUUGACGAGUCCGAGGGCUCCAAAGACUUUCUCACGGGUUGGAGUACACCGGUUGAAAGAAGCGGGUCCAACACUGCGUCACCGAACGGUAGUCCGAAGUCAGUGCCUCGUGUGUAUGUUCCGUCGAACUCUCCGCAAAAGUGGAAAGAAAUGGAUUCUCUGAUACUCAAAAUCCCUGAUUUGAAUUAUAUGAGAUCAAAGGUUUGCGCGAAAUGUUUCAAGUUGUUGUCGGAUGAUCCGAAGGAUACGUUACACCGAUCAGAAAUGGAGAUCCAAGAAAGAAAGAAAAUUCUGAAGAUCGCGAGAGAAGAUCUGCGUGAUAAAAAGUUCUCUUCCGUAGUAUCGAGUUGCCGUGGUAUUCUCGAAAAAGAACCUGCGAACUACACAGCAUUAGUAUUAUUAGGAGCCGCGUUACAGGAUACAGCAGAUUACAAUGGAGCUGUGGAUGCCUUCAAGAAAGCCAUCGAAAUCAGUGACGAUCAAGUUACCGCGUGGCAAGGGCUAAGAUUAACUUACGAAUCGAUGCAAAAAAAUAGCAAAGGACUGCCCAAACUUGAGGACCAUUUGGAAGUAAAUCGAAAGUUAGCGACCAUGUUUCCGACUGAUCCGUCCAAAACGGCUGAUGCGAAAUCAAAACUUGUGGACCUUCUCUUGGGGGCGGAUAGAAAAGAAGAAGCUAUCGAUGUACUGAUAGAAGCAGCGAGAUCGGCGCCGGACGAUACAGAUUGGAAGUACAAUUUAUGGUUCAAACUUGUCACUCUAUUGCGACGAAGUGCCCCAGCCAAAUAUGAGCAGCAUUUGAUUGAAGGUCUUAGUUACGUUAUAUCGAAGUCGGAUUCCCCCGCAGAAUCCGCGGGGAAGCCUGAUCUGAGCGAUUACGAGUUACUGUUGGAUCGUCUCAUGCUCUCUGAGGAUUACGGCGCUGUCAUAAAACAGUGCUACAUUUCGUUGAAAGUAUUUCCGAAUGCGAGGAAGCCGGUUGAAAUGCUGUGUAAGAUUUACGUUGAACAAUGGGAGUCGCACGGGAAAACUCUGAAGAUACAGGAUAUUCUGACGCAGACCAAAAUCGUUUCACCGUGGGUCAAUUUAGCGCGAGGAUUUGCCUUUUACGAUUCAAAAAGGUUCGAUAAAGCCCGGACCGCUCUGGAAGCUGGAUUAACGCAACAAAGUUGUCUUCAAGGAAUUCUUGUUUAUGCUGAAGUUCUGCUGGAACUCAAAGACCACAAUGCAGCCUACCAUAUUCUGUCAGGCCCUGGCUCCGAUUUAUUGUCCAAGGCUGACAAUCGCUUGGUGGACAGAUUUAACUCUCUUCUCGUCGAAUCGAUGAUAGCGACUGGGAAACAAGCUCGGUUAAAAUCGGCUAAAAAGUUGAUGAGCGAGGAUGCUAGUUUGAAAAAUGACAUUUCCACGAAAAUUCGCUUGAGCAUCGGGCUUGAAGAUUGGGAGGCUGCUGAGAAACUGCUCAUUGACGUGCCAGAUUCACCGGAGAAGGUUUUGAUGCAAUUCAAGGUCUUAAGUGGGCUUCGGAAUUUUGAAAGUGCUAUGCAAAGCUUGAAUGCAUUUGUGAAUGACGUAGAAAUUGCACCGCGUUAUAGAGUUGAAGCUUUGAUUUGCCUAGGUGAAGCCGAAGUACAACUCGAUCACCAUGACGCUGCCUUGACAUACUUUUUGAGGGCGGCUAAGUUGGACCCACGAGACCCGUCAGCUUUCUGUCGUCUAGGACAUUUUUAUUUGAAGAAAAACGAUGUUGAUCGAGCCAAAAAAUGCUUCACACGUGCUGCCCUACUGAGCCCGAACGAUGUGGAAGUCAGGAUUGCAUUAUCGGAUUGUGCUGUGAAAAUUAAAGAUUUUGACGAAGCGGCAAACAUAUUGGAAGGUAUUUGCUCUGCGUUCACUGUCGAAGAAGUGGAACAUGCGUGGUACAGAUUAGCGGUUGUUCGAAUACAUCAAAAUCGUGGAGUUGAUGCUGUCCAAUCUUUGCAACAAGUGAUUCGGUGUGAUGCGAGCAAUUGGCUCUAUUGGGAAUCACUUGGAGAUGCUUACGUUCUUCGAGGGUCCUACGGCUCAGCGCAUAAAGCUUUCCAAACAGCUUCUGACCUCAACGACAAAUCGAUUUAUGCGUGCUGGGCGUGUGGAGAAAUGCUGAGGAUGCAGAAAGAAUAUGAGCAAGCCGGAGAAUGGUUCAAGAAAGCGUUGGAGAUGGAUGCGGAAUUCCUUCCAGCGCUCGUGAGCGCCGGACAAGCUCUUCUCGGAAAAGCCAUCUCGAUGAAGUCUCAGAUUCUUGAUUCCCGUUCUCGAGAUUUCGUGGAAGAAGCUUUCGUUUUGGUUGAUCGAGCUUUAGGAAUCAACGGGAAGCACAUAACUGUUCUUAAACUUGGUGGCGAUCUCUGUUCACUUUGUUGGUCAAUGAAGCCGGGUUUCGUCGUUACCGUGCCAGGAAGGAUAGUGAACCAAACGUCUCGCAGGAAGACCGUAGAAUUGGUUCACGCAGAUGUAAUUCAAUUAGGGCUUUCUUUUUACCUGCUUUGUGCCCAGUUGGCGCCAAAUCGGGGCGAAGUUUGGCUGGAUAUUGGAAAAGCACUGGCGACGAAAGCAGACUUCGAAAGCGGAGAUAGAGUUCCUAUCAUUUUACAAGCCUUGAAAGCCUUGAAGAAAGGUUUGCAUCUGAAUCCAAGCAUCCCUGCGUUGUGGAACGAUUUAGGCGUUCUUCUGUGUCGAGCGGGACUUCCUUCCUACUUUCAGGUUUCUAACGAAGCCAUGGCGCAACACUGUUUCAUCCAAUCCAUCAAGUUAGAUUCCCGAUGUUCAACAACGUGGUUCAACUUGGGAGUUUUUUACCUUGUUCGUGAUCAGAUUAUUCUGUCAAACAAAGCUUUUGCCAGAGCGCAAGUAUGUGAUCCGGAUGAUGUAAAUGCCUGGGUCGGGAUGGCGAUAAUUUCUGAAAAAGUUGGGAGUUCUAACACGAUGGAUUUGUUGAGGCAUUCUGCCCAAUUGGAUUUCCAUGGAGAGAAUGCACUGAAUUACGCCAAAUGGGUCAUGAAGUACGUCCUGUCGCCGGAUCAAAAGUUCAAGAAGUCGGACGAAUACAGGAUGCAAAUCGAAGUGUUAUAUGCCGUACCGAAAGCUUUCGAAGGGCUAGUUCACUACGUUUCAAGAUUUCCGGAAAAUCCUGAAGCCAUUUUUGCCUUAGGACAAUUGUCGGAAAGACUUGGUCUUCUGAAGCAAGCGAAAGAUAGCUUUUGCGCCGCUAUUAAUCUUGUUAAUUCCAAGAAAGUCGCAGAAAUCUGGGGAAGCGAAGAUGCAUUGUUGAAAAAAUACAGGUUCCACGCUGGCAGAAUCUGCUUCAAACUGGGCGAAUAUUCCGCUGCAGUUGAUUUCUUCCGUGACGAAAAAGAUGCCAAUGUUAAGAAUUAUUGUUGGCUUGGAUUGUCUUUGCUCAAUGGUAAAGAUCCAGUAGGCGCCCAAACGGCCUUCUCCGAUGCCUUGAGAUGUGUUACUGAUCAAGGAACAGCCAAAGCGCAAGUGUACAGCGCCCUUGCCAUCGUUGCUUUUUGUCAGGAAGGUGCGGAAAGCGCGAAGAUGCGCGAAUUGCUUUUGUUGGGAAUGAAAAGUGCUAGUCGGAACGUCGAAACGCUAUUUUCCGCUUGUGCGAUGGGUAUCCUCACUUCUGACGAAGAAUUAAUCCAAGCCGUUCUAAAAGAACUUGAUCAGGAAGCUGAUGUUGGCGAUCGGAGCAUAUUUCCGCGGGUUUGUUUCUUCAAGGCUUGCUGGUGCGUUCUACGUGGCGAUGAAGUUGCAGGUCUACGGGAAUUGUGUCGCGGAAUCCACAAGUACCCGAGCGAGGGUGCGUUGUGGAGCCAUUUAGCAUUGUUCCUUCUCCAGUUUGCGCAGACUAAGCCGAACGCGGUUGCCAGCAGUGCUCGAGUUGCAGCAACGCUUAAUUCUUCUGACCCUAACGCAUUAACAUUGGCAACAUUAGGCUAUUUGAUGGCCGGGAAGCCGACGGAAGCAGCUCGUUGCGCCCAGAUCGCGUGUUUCAUUGCCCCAGACACGGCUGGUAACUGGUGCGCGUUGAUGGCAUCCUUAUAUCCAAGCUGCGGGAAUGACGCGAACAAAUUUGCCUCCUGUACGAGGAUCUUGAGCUUUCUCAAGACUUACGCCAAGUCUCGAGUUGAUCGAGGGGUUAUGAUUCCCGUGGAAGAAAGCUCCACGAAAAAUGACAUCGAAGAUUGCGGACCGACGGAUGUUUCAUUACAUCUAGACGGGGAAGAAUCCGAAAGUCACAGUCCGCGUCGAGACAGCAAUAGUUCUGAAGCUCAAAAACCUUUCAAGAAGCGUCGGCGGAAGCGAGGUCGCACCGCUUCACAGCGUUUCAACUGGGAGGAGAACGAACACUCACCAUCACCUAGCAAGCCGACGAAAGAUUCUGAAAGUAUCAAAGACGGUGACAGUGGGUCUGAAUCAAGCUGCGUUGAAGAACCUGAGCCUGGUGAAAAAAAAGAAGAUUUUAAAACACCCUUGAGAUCCGCGAAACGCAAACGGGGUAAGAAGAAAGUUGUUCUGAGGCCGGCGGAACCCGGUGCGCCUGAGAAUUCGACUCAGUUUAUCAUCGACAGUCACGUGGAAACUUCCGGCUUAUAUUAUGACUUUUCAUCACCCAGCCCAGCGUCGAGAAGGUAUGAAUACGAGCGGCAUAUGCAAGAAAGCUUCGAAAGCGAAUAUUCUUCUGCGCGAGCGAUGGAGUUCGAAAAAAUGACGAGAGAUGAGCUGGUGAAAAAGAUCUCUCAAUUGGAGCGCAAGGAAAACGAACUUCGAAGGGUGAUGGAAUCCUUCGAUCCUCAGGCAAUGGAACGAGAACUUCACGAAACCUUGAUAUCGGCUCAAAGAGAAAAUGCUUCGUUGAAAUCGAAACUGGCAGAAAUGCACGCGAAUCCUGAUCUUUUAGAAGUGGCAUCAGUGUCUUCUGGGUCCGACUCAGAAGAUUCUUCUUCGUCUUCUUCAUCUUCCUCCAGCUCUGAUUCAUCGUCAGAAAGGGAAGACGCGUGA